GCGGAGCACGUGCCGGUUACGCACUCUCUCCGUUCACACCGCCGAGCGUCUUGGACUCUAUAAUAUGUCAUGGACUUUUGGGACAGUCUUGAAAUGACCGAACUACGGGCACGACUUUGAAUUCAUCUCUCACGGACCGGCUCCGCUCCUCCCCAAAGAACCGGAAUCAGCGUCGCGCUCCGGAGGGGGAAAACCGGGCAUGUCGUUUACUUCUAAACAUUUCUGCUGUGUGCUUAGACAGGAUUUGUCAGGAAAACUUGAGUUAUGGCAUGCGUCGGGCUUUUUUGUGACGCUGGGUGUAUUACAAAACUUUUGAGUAAUUAAUUCGCACGGUAGUGUCUCACCAUGAAGUGCUCAUUGUCCACUUACGAUUUAAGAUGAAAACCGAGCUGCUGAAAUAUUCAUAUCAAUGUGGAGUCAGGGCUUUAAUGGACGUGUCUUUGUGAUUAGUGAUAGUGACCUUUAAAUUAACAGUGAUAACAUGUAGACGCGCUCUUUGAGGCUUUUCAACUGUUUCACCUGAGUAAGCCACGGUUAUUCACUUGCAGGUUGUUAGAAUGAGCAUUUUGUCUUUUAAAGGGAGUAAUUGUCUUUAAUUAGUAGGCUAAUUGAGUUAAAUGUCCUAAUACGUUGUUUUGUUAUUUUGCUGAUUACAACAAUCAUUUUUUGUUUAAAAGUGAUUUAAUAUUACAGAUCGGUUUUUUUUGACCAGUGUUCACACUUUUCUACUUAAUCAGUUAUCGGUUAACAUCGAGUCCACCGAUAAAUUCUAAUAGGUCUCUAAAAUAGCGUUAAUUUUUAUGGUUAUUUGCGUAAAUUAUUCAACUUUGUAUGUUACAUGUUCAUUCUUAAGUGAACUGUAGAUAUAUUUUGUUUGUCAAGAUUAGAUUUGAAUUUUAAUAGUGGUCUUUGCAGCUAAACUGUUUAGGGAAAAGUAUUAUUAUUAUUAACAAUAAUACACAGUAUGAAUUAUUAUUAAUAAUGCAUACAUUUUAAAUAUAUUAUUAAUAAUACUAUUGUAUUUUUAUCGUAGUAUAAUUAUUUAGCUAUUAUUGUGCUAGAAAUCAAAUCAACUUAAACAAAUACAAAUAAUCGUUAUCGGUCAUUUGGAAAAGAAAAACAAAAAAAUAUCGGUCAGUCUGUGCUGUAUAUUUUGCACUAGUUUGCUUGUGUCAACACAAUAAUGUUGGGCAGCCCUUCAAAUAACGGAGGCAUUAGGAUGCUGGCCCCCCCUGCACCCAAUGAUGACAGGCGGGUCGAGUUCGUGGCUCUCACGGCUGUUCACACCGAAAGAAGCGAGCCGUCGACCCCAGAGCGCGGACACCCGUCUCACCGCACCGGCUUACUGGGCACUCCGCUGCCGGUGCCACCGGGCCCGAGGGCGACCCCUUCAGCCUCCAGCAAACGCUACAGAAAGUUACAAAACUGCCUGUACAACGUGCUCGAGAGACCCAGAGGAUGGGCGUUCAUCUACCAUGCUUUCAUUUUUCUCCUAGUGUUCAGCUGUCUGGUGCUUUCUGUUUUCUCCACCAUCCCAGACCAUCAUAAAUUUGCCAACGAGGGGCUCUUCAUCCUGGAGUUUGUGAUGAUCGUGGUUUUUGGGCUGGAGUACUUUGUGAGGAUCUGGGCAGCCGGAUGCUGCUGUCGGUACAGAGGAUGGCAGGGUCGGCUACGGUUCGCCAGAAAGCCCUUCUGCGUCAUAGACUUCAUUGUGUUUGUGGCGUCGCUGGCAGUGAUAGCAGCGGGCACACAGGGAAACAUCUUCGCCACAUCUGCUCUGCGCAGCAUGCGUUUUCUGCAGAUCUUGCGCAUGGUUCGUAUGGACCGCCGGGGAGGAACCUGGAAGCUACUGGGCUCUGUGGUGUACGCUCACAGCAAGGAGCUGAUCACAGCCUGGUACAUUGGCUUCCUGGUACUGAUCUUUGCUUCGUUCUUGGUCUAUUUGGCUGAGAAGGAGGACAACCAAGAGUUUUCCACUUAUGCUGACUCCCUCUGGUGGGGAACAAUUACCCUCACUACGAUCGGCUACGGUGACAAGACGCCACAUACUUGGCAAGGUCGGCUUUUAGCAGCUUGUUUUGCCCUGCUGGGAGUGUCCUUCUUUGCCCUGCCGGCUGGCAUCCUGGGUUCAGGUUUUGCUCUGAAAGUGCAGGAGCAGCACCGGCAGAAACACUUUGAGAAGAGGAGGACUCCCGCUGCCAACCUCAUACAGGCUGCAUGGCGUCUCUACUCUACAGAUGCUCAGCACUCAUAUCUCACAGCCACCUGGUAUUUCUAUGACAGUAUGCUGCCGUCCUUCAGAGAACUGACAUUACUGUUCAGUCACCUCCAACGGCAGCGUAGCACCAAGAAGGUUCUUCACAACUCCUACCACACCCUGCUGUCGGGGCUCCGGCCGUAUAGCUCCCCCUACCUGUCUGGGGACAGUGGGAAGAUGGGUUUCCGUGACCGCAUUAGGAUGAACAAUUCACGCUCCUCUCAGGCUAUCCGGAGCAAGGCUUCUCCUUUGCCCCCAGGUAAUGUUCGGCGCUCCCCCAGCACCGAGAACGUGCCAGAAGCCACCAGCCCCGGCAAGGUCCAGAAAAGCUGGAGCUUUAAUGAUCGGACUCGAUUCCGUACCUCUCUCCGGCUAAAACCACGUCCCGCUGCAGAUGUGGAGGGAGUCGGAGAAGAGCACACAGAGGACAAAUCUUACUGUGAUGUCGCCAUGGAGGAUGUGAUACCAGCAGUGAAAACCCUAAUUCGUGCUGUUAGGAUUCUGAAAUUCCUGGUGGCCAAGAGGAAGUUUAAAGAGACCCUGCGGCCAUAUGAUGUAAAAGAUGUGAUUGAGCAGUAUUCAGCAGGACACCUCGAUAUGCUGGGCAGAAUCAAAAGCCUGCAGACCAGGGUGGAUCAGAUCAUAGGCCGUGGUGCCAUUCCAUCAGAUAAAAAAGUGAGGCCUGAAAAAGGGGAGAAAACUCCUCCUGAACUGGAACAGAUGGACGAAUUAAGCAUGAUGGGACGUGUGGUGAAAGUGGAAAAGCAGGUGCAGUCAAUCGAAAACAAGCUGGACCUGCUCCUAAACUUCUACUCCCAGUGCCUGAAAAAGGGCUCGUCACACUUCACCCUGUCGUCCCUGCUGGAACCCGACUUAACCUCUGACUACCACAGUCCCACUGACCAACGCGACCUGUUCCCUUCUGCAAACACUCUUAAUAUCUCUCACUCAGACAGUGGCAACAUGGAAUGACCCCCAGAGACACCCGACAGCAGUCCCACUCUGACUGCAGCAUCAGGGCAACUCAUCCAAAGGCUAAAUACCUCCCUAAACUAACCUAGCACAGUUCCUCUAAACAACUGCUGUAUCCUUGCAUGGGUUCAUCCUUUGCACAGUGGAUGCUGGCUUCGGGUCAACAUUUCUAGACUUUGCCUUGCAAACUAUGCCCUGAUUUUUCGCAGUGUCUGGUUUUUAUUUUAACACACCUGUGGUAACAGCCUUUCUUCUUUUUAAUUUGAUUCAAGAACAUUUUAGAGAAAUAUUCUCAUGUGAAUGAUAUCGUUAUUGAGGUUUUGUUGAACAUUUGGACGUCAUCCAGUAGAUGGCAGAGUUUUAUCUGAAGUGGUCUUCCACCAUCACUUCUUAUCAGUCUUCCAAACAUGAGGGGACGAAUCACUUGACUGCUACAAAACUGUCCCCUUUACGUUUCAUUGAUGCUAUUUUUUUCUGAAAAUCUCAGUGCCAAUAUCGUUUCUUGGUUUCGUUGAGUUGAGGUUUUUGAUAAUCGAUAGGCCCCCAGAGCAAUUCUAUUUUUCUCUCUGUCUUUUUUUCUAAGAAAUCAGGGCAUUGUGAACUGAAUUUGAUUUUCGGACUCUCUUUCUUGGCCUUGGCCUUACACUUUGGCCCGAUGCAACAGACUCCUCGUGCCACAAGAAGAAGCCGCUGAGCUUCAAAUGAAUGUACUGCAUAUAGUACUUUUUUCUUUAUUUAUCACUGACAUGUCCUUAGCGAAAACGGCAUCGCAGAUCGCUGUUAAGUACAGCGUGAUGGACUGACGGACAGGAUUUCCACCAAAGCAUCAUCUCUUGUCAUUUUGUUCUUGCAUGGUUCCUCUUGGCACUUCAGGAAGGAAGGAACGUCAAAACGUGAGACCCUCAGGUUUCCUUUCCCACAUUGCGGUGUCUCUUUGGCUUAUUGGGUCCCUCUCUUCUGCGAUCGCACCCUGCCACUGCAUCAUCUCUCAGAAGCCCACCGUGCAAAAAAUAAGAAAAUCAAAUAAAUAAAAAUAUUCUUUGAUGAAAUAGCCAGCAUUAAAGUGCAUGUUAAUAGUUCGAAUAGUUCAGGCAAGUUUGUUUUAUUUUAGUGAGGUUAGUUGUAGAGGCUGUUCAUAUGCCCUUCUCUCCGAUCCUCAGCCUCUCUGCCUUGCAGCCCAUCUCCUCAUUCAGCAUGUGCAUCAGUCUGACUGCAAACAAAGAAGAGGGUCAAAAUUAGUCUAUAUCUUCUCCCCAAAUGAGACUCUUAAUCAGAUGAGAUUUUAAAGGGAUAUUUCACUCAAAAAAUGGUUUUGAUGUCAUUCCAAUCCUAUAUGGUGGACCCUUUUCACAUUUCUACGUUGUAAAAAAAAUCCGUAAAAACGGAAGCACAGUGUACUGCAGGGUCGGAAAUUAAUUAAACUAAAUUAACAAAAAUGCCCCAUAAAUUCAAGACAAAGGGGCAAAAAUUAAAACAAAAUGUGAAAAUGAAUUUAAAAGUGUCAGUUCCCGGAAUUACAUUAUGAUUCGCUCACAUUGCAUCAGAUUGCAUUUAUGUGCCAUUUUGUGCAAUGUUGAGCCUUAUAACCAAUCAAACAUUCAUGAACUCAUAAACGACACAGUGCGGAUAUGAUGUAAAUGAAAAAUUAAUUUCAUAGCUUCAGUGAUUAUAACAGGAGUUUUUGCGUAACUUGUGCUAGACUUGGCUAAUGUCAUGGACCGAGUUUGUCUGUGAAGCCAGAAUGUGAUGUCCCCAAAACGAAACAAAAACUUUUUACAUAUAUUUAUUAAUCAUUAUGACAAUAUAAAGAGCAAAAAUCUACAAUAAUGAUUAUUGUUGUAAUAUUGCAGCCCUAUGAGCUCCUGUUUUUACAUGUAUAAUUUAGAUGCAAUUUUAAACAGUCUAUUGUUAUUGACAACAGUUAAAUAUUUUGAUUGAAGUAAUUGGGUAAAUUUAAGUAUUUGACAUUAAAGACAACAUAUGGUUUUUAUAAUAAUAAUAAUAAUAAUAAUAAUAAUAAUAAGGUGAUUAUAAAAAUUGCCCACACAAAUGUAAAAAAUGUCCCGUAAUGGAAAAGCUCAUUUGUGACCCUGAAGUACUGUAUUAGGACUUUUACCUGUAUUUUGAAUUUUGCAUUUCAUUGCAUUGUGUUUUAGAGUUAACAGAAAUGUCUAUAAAUUACAAGUACUUUCCUUUUUUUCUUAAUGUACAGUGUAGGGUUCUCAAAAGUGGAAGUCUUCAUAGUUAUACAAGUAUAAUCUUUGCGUUCCAAUUUAACACCAAAGAAAAAAUCCAUGAUAGUGUUUCUAUGACUUUCCAAAACAGCAAAAAAAAAAAAAAAAAAAGACUGAUUAUGUUGGUCAGAAGAGAAGGAUGUCACUCCCUCAGCCACUGUAUCAGAAACGCUCAGGCUAAUCAGUUUUCAGUAAUUCAAUGCCAAGGUAAUAAAACACAUAGUAUAGUUUGUUACGAUAACAAUAGCUGUGGAAAUGUGUCAUCACAGUCUGUGAAAAGGGUCAAUUUUCCUUCAUCUGUGAAACACAAAAUUUUAAAACAAAUGUCUCUGUGGCCAAUACCAAUGUCAGUUGGGUCCAGACCCUAUAGACCUUAAAGCUGCAUUACGUAACUUUUUUGGUUAAAAUUUAUCUAAAAUCAAUCAUUGAGCAAGUACAUAACCAAUCAGAGUUUAAAACGUGUGUCUACUAACCGGUCUGGCUAGUAGACAUCUGUAGACGUCACAUCUGUGGAUGCUGCAGGUGGCGGAACAUUGGCGGGUGAAACUUAUUAUUUUAGACAUACUUCUAAAACAGUGGGCCGUAUUUUAACGAUAUGAGUGCAUGGUCUGAUGUCUGAUGCAUGGCACAGGUGCACUUAGGGCGUGCAAAUCCACUUUUGCUAGUUUAACGAUGGACAAAAAGGUCUGCGCACCAGGCGCAUGGUCCAAAAGGGUUGUAGCUAUUCUCUUAAUGAGUCAUGGGUGUGUUUUGGGCGUACAAGAAAUAAACCAAUUUGAGUCUCAUUUCCCAUUCCCUUUUGCUGUUUACACAGCUCAAUUUGCAAGAGCAAAGACCGAAUGCAUCUCCAGAAAGGAAACAGAUCUGCUCAUGUGCGGGGUUAAAGCAUACACAAUAAUAAUCUUUUACAUUGUAAUUCUUUCAUUUUUAAUAUGAAUGUUUGUGUGCUGCUGCAAAUCAUAGUGUGCAUAAUAAGCAGAGUGUACACGCAUUGUGCACCCACCUAUAUGUGCAUAUCACUAACGCGCCCUUUAAAUAAUUUUUUUUUUAAAUACUGCACCAUUGACUUUAUACCAGGUUUUAGUUGGUCAAUGGUGCAAUCUUUUUUAAUUGCCUCAAAAUAGCAACGCACCAACAAUGCUCUUGAACACCUUGUUUUCAGACCAGCACGCCCAUGGGCAAACAGAUGGGUGCAAGUGUAUUUGCUGUAUAUCUGAGGAGCCGUGCCAAUGCACAUCCCACAUAAAGAAGAUAAUUCUGCAAAUAACUGUAAUUGCAGGUUUGAAACAGAGAUGCCGACAAAGAGGCAAAACCUACAUAAUGCAGCUUUAAUCAGGUUAGAAAGCAUAUUGAAUUUAAAACGAGACUGAGGAAGACUUGCAGUCUUUACAAUGGUCCUAGAUAAUGUAAUUUUCACAACUUUCAAAACUUCUUUUUGUGUUUUUUCUACUGAAUGUUUCAUUUUUCAUUGGCUGAACAAUCGGUACAUUUGCUAAACAGUACAAUCAACAGUCAAUCAAUUUCAUUCCAGUCAAAAAUUAAAUACAGUGCUACCCUGACUAAGAUCUAUUAAAGCCAUACACCUUUGAAAUAGCAUAAAUAAAUGAUGACAGAAUUGUCAUUUUUGGGUGAACUAUCCCUUUAAGACUAUGAUCUUUCACCAGGUUAUGACCUCACAAUGAAUGCCUUGUUUUGCUACAUUCAUCACCCCCUAAAGAUCAAUGAGUCAGAGAUCAUCCAGCAUGAAGAAAUACUUAUCAUGUUAUUUUUUUUUCGUCUGAUUAUGUGAAAACAAUUCUCAAAUUGUCUCACACGUGACCUUAACCUCAGCCACGUACAGACUCGCCAAUUUUUGAAGAAUUGAGUAAACUGGGAGAAGUGAGAUUAAUCUGAGUCAUUGAGAUGAGCGUUGAUGCAUGAUCUCAACAUUAAUAUCUAUGCAUGCAGUAAUGGGAUUGGUUCCAGCUUUAUAUGACAUGCAGUUCAGGUAACAGACAGCAUGGAGGGGACUGUAAGGAAUACAGCACUCCUCUGCCUUACUGACAUAGCUAGAGCGCACUGACCACGUGUUUACGGUACAACGGUGGACCUAAGAGAUCAUUUAGGCCACUUGCCAUGGCAUUUAUUCAUUGUUCUAAUGGACAGAACUGGAGUUCACAAUUCAAGCUGAAUUUUCUACAUUUACUUUUCUCUCGCACCUUCACAGAUUCCAAUAUAUGCUCCUUUAACCACAUUUGUUUCUACUGGACUGUAUUUGAAAACAAGCACUUGUUUUCAGUAGUUCUUGUUAGUUCAAACUUCUCUGUCCCUUUAAACUGAACUCUGAACCUUUCAGGCAUUACAUAAUACUUUUGUUCCUCAUUGACAUGAUUGGUAACUGCUAUUGUGAGAGGUAACUUGAUCUAUAAUAUGUAUGUUUAACUCUGAAAUGAUUGUAAAAAAAUGAAUAA